GACGGUGAAAUAGAGAGGAAAAACAAGAUCACACAGUCACAGACACACUGUGAUCUGGGAGAAAGUUUAAGAGACGCACAGACAAGUUUUGUUGCUCAAAAUACACUUUGACCUGUGUUUUCUGGGAUUUCUUCUCUACAACAACAUGGAUUUAAAGUUUAUUGAAGUCUCUAGCUCUCCAGUUGUUAGGGACUUGAGGAUUGUCCUGCUGGGGAAGACUGGAUCAGGAAAGAGUGCAACAGGAAACACCAUCCUGAGACAGGAGGCUUUUUUCACAGAGAACAUCUCAAUGUCAUCUGUGACAAUUCACUGUAAAAAAGAAACCAGCCACUUUGAUGAAAGAACCGUGAGUGUCAUCGACACCCCUGGGAUAUUCGACACAUCGAUGACUGAGCCCAAGUUGAAAAGUGAAAUAGAGAAUUGUAUCAUGCUGUCUCUCCCAGGACCUCAUAUAUUCCUGCUAGUGAUCAGACUGGAUGUGCGGUUCACAGAGGAGGAGAGGAACACCGUUAAGUGGAUCAGGGACAACUUUGGUGAGGAGGCCUCCAACUAUACACUGGUGCUUUUCACUAGGGGGGACAAAGUCAAAAGAAAGCAAAUUGAAACCAUUUUGGACAAAACUCCUGAACUCAAGGAGGUCAUCAGUGACUGUAAAGCUGGAUACAUUGUGUUUGACAACACAAGAAUGGAAAAUCGCACUCAGGUGGCUGAUCUGUUUGAAAAGAUAGACAAGAUAGUGCAGAUAAAUGGGAACCAUUAUACUAGCAGCAUAUAUGAAGAGGUCCAGAAAAAGAUAAAUAAUGAUGAAUGGUGGAGAAAGUGGGGAGGCACUAUGAGUACUGUAGGUGAUGUUCUGUUAGUAGCAGCCGCAGCUGCAGUUAGCCCGCGACUUGCAGGAGUUGCCAUACUGGCAAAGGAAACAGGAGCUAUGGCCAAAGUAGGAUCAGCUGUCAUGGCUUCAGGUGCAACAAUGUCUAAAGCUCUGGGGAAGUGGAUGAAACCUAAAACAAAAGACACUUAGUUAAUUCAUGACCCAUUAAGUCAACCUUUGAAGUCAUUCCAUUUAUUACCUUUUCAUACUGUACAUACGUGCCAAUUCAUUACUUCUUUUGGACAAGAUUUUAUUGCAUUUCUUGUUAGCAUCACUCUACAUUCAUACACGUUGAUCACAGCUUGCCUGCUUUAAAUAAUAAAUAAACCUGUAAUGACAAUCUACGAAGUGUUGAUGCUUUUGAUCUUCUGUUGUGUGGAGAACAUUAAUGUCAAUUAUCAAAAGAAACCAGUCAAUAAUGAAUUCUAAAAUAAACUUCAACAACUGUUGUGUGAUGUUGUAUGUUUUCCAAUGAAUUAAGUCAAGAAUUCCUACAAAAGCGGCCCGAGCUACAUAAUGAAAAUAUUUACUACCACUAAAAUCUUGCAUUGGCUGCCUGUCAAAUACAUGACUUGACUCCAAGGUUCUUUUAUUUGUUUUUAAAGCCAUACAUGGGUUGGCACCUUAGUACAUUUCUGAACUUAUAUGCUCCUUUUCCAAGACCAGGUCUUUUAGAUCCUCAGAUCACUUGCUUUAACUAUUCCACGAUUGAUGUACCAAUCCACUGACAUUUUGACAUUUUGAAAGCAAAACUCAAUACAUAUUUUCACAUAACAUAUUUCCAAUGGCCUUUGGGUGUUUUUGAUGACUCUUUAAAUAAUCUUCAAUUAUAGUAUCUUGUAUGUAUCUUGCCAUUUGUAUUCUGUUAUAUGUUUUACAUUUAUGCAUGAAUGCAUUUGUCUACUACUCAUGCCUCUUUCCACUAAUUUCUUGCACUUGCACUUUUGACAGUAAUUUGUAAAACAUUGUGGUCAGCUCCAGUUAUUUUCAAAUGUGCUCUAUAUAUAAAGUUGACUUUAGAAUGUACAUAAAUCCAGCAAAUUGAGGGGAAAGUCUGAAACCACAAGAAAACGACUGUAAAUUUUCUUUAGUUACCUAAUAAGAUUAAUUCAUAUUUAUUCAUCUAUUUUUGUUAUUGUUGUUGUUGUUUUCCGGUCUCUACCAUUAUGAAUAUCACACCAUCAUGUAUACUCAACCUGCCAGACCUUCAAAAUAAUGAAACUGUAUAUCAAGAUUCACUUUGCUGUUUUCUUCACCUGUUAUGAACUUCUUGAGUAAAUGAGUCAUUUACUGUGGUCUGUCAUUUACUGUGGUCUGUGUCCCCUUCAUCAUCAAAAGCAACAAAGUAACAAGUAACAAAUAUUGUUUUCUUACCCUUUCUUGAUUGAGUAUAUCCACAAUGGCACAGCCCUAUGCCACAAUUUCAUACGCCAUCUGCUGCCAUCUAAUGGCCAUUCGUUGGUACAAAUGGUCAUGAUAUUUUAAUUCCAAUGACAAAACUGCUUCAUUUGGAGACACAAUUAUGCCAUUUUUUGUUGUUGUUGAUCACAGCAUACAUGCUUUAAAUGAUAAAUACAUGUAAUGACAAUCUAUCUUAUCUUAAUCCCCUCUUGUGUGGAGAACACUAAUAUCAAUUAUCAAAACAAACCAGUAAGUAAUAAACUGUGAA